AUGGAUUGGCUGCCUCUCACCUGCCGCGCCGCGGUGUUGAUCCUCCUAUUCCUGCCGUUCGGUGCGUCCGACGACCGGCUUGUCCCCGGCAAGCCACUCUCCCCUGGCAACACCAUCGUUUCCGAUGGUGGUGCUUUCGCAUUGGGCUUCUUCUCCCCUACCAACUCCACCAGUACUCCGGCCAAGUUGUACCUUGGCAUAUGGUACAACGACAUUCCAGAGCUCACCGUGGUGUGGGUCGCCAACCGAGAAACCCCGAUCAUCAACAACUCUUUCUCUUCACCAGUGCUCUCACUCACCAACACCUCCAAUCUCGUUCUUUCUAACGGCGAUGGCAGCGGCCGUGUCCUCUGGACGACGACCAACCUAUCCGCUGCCCCGGGCUCAUCUACCCCCGUGGCGGUGCUUUUGAACACCGGCAACCUUGUUAUCCGGUCGUCAAACGGCACCACGCUGUGGCAGAGCUUCGACCACCACACCGACACAUACCUCCCAGGCAUGAAGCUUCGGGGCAAGUACAACACCCACGAUGGCGGUGACCGCCUCGUAUCCUGGAAAGGCCCCGGCGACCCCUCGCCAGGCCGUUUUUCUUUUGGAUUCGAUCCCACCACGUUCCUCCAGGUAUUCGUGUGGGACGGGAAGCACCCGGUGUUGCGCAGUGCCCCAUGGACAGGGGACCUUGUGAUGAGCGAGGGCCGAUACCAACAGGCGAAUGCCAGCACAGGGGUCAUCAUGUACCAUGCCAUCCUUGACAACAACGAGGAGAUCUACAUCACAUAUAGCCUCUCCGAUGGAACCCCGCACACUAGGUUUGUGCUGACCUACUCCGGCGAGUUCCAAAUCCAAAGCUGGAACAACAAGUUGUUGGCGUGGGAAGUCCUCGUGAAGUUGCCCUCCGCUGAAUGCAGCCUAUACGGCUAUUGUGGUCCGUACGGCUACUGUGAUCUGACGACAGCAAUCCCAACAUGCAAGUGCCUAGAUGGUUUCGAGCCGGCUAGCAUAGAGGAGUGGGCCGGUGGUAGGUUCUCCAUGGGAUGCCGGCGGAAGGAACCGCUGGGUGGGUGUGGUGAAGGUUUCUUGGCCUUGCCGGGGAUGAAGCCACCCGACAAGUUCACACUCGUCGGUGGGGGCAAGAGUACAUUCAAGGAGUGCGCAAUAGAGUGCAGCCGCAACUGCUCCUGUGUGGCAUAUGCACACGCUAACCUGAGCAGUAGCAGGUCUGGAGGAAACGUGACAAGGUGCUUGGUUUGGGGCGGGGAGUUGGUUGACACCGAAAAGCUUGGCGCGGUGUUUGGUAGAAACACGCUCUAUCUCCGACUUGCUGGCCUAGAUGUGACAGCUGGUAAAAGGGCAGAGAGCAAUGCAGGGAGGAUUGCGCUACCAGUUUUAGCAACUGUUCUGGUACUCCUAUUCAUAGCAUUUGCAUGGUUAAAAUUUAAAGGUAAGAGUGAACAAUGGAGAAAACGCAAAAAAUUAUCAUUGGGUGAGCUUGAUGUAGGAAACCCUCCCCAUGAUCAUGAUUUUCCAUUUGUAAGAUUUGAGGAAAUUGCCAUAGCAACUCACAACUUCAGUGAAACGUGUAAGAUUGGACAUGGAGGCUUUGGCAAAGUUUACAAGGGAAUGUUAGGUGGUCAAGAAGUUGCUAUCAAAAGGCUUAGUAAGGAUUCUCAGCAAGGAACAAAGGAAUUCACCAAUGAAGUAAUUCUAAUUGCCAAAUUGCAACAUAGAAACUUGGUUCAACUCCUUGGGUGUUGCGCGGACAGGGAUGAAAAGUUAUUGAUUUAUGAAUAUAUGCCUAACAAGAGUUUGGAUGCUAUCCUUUUUGAUGACUCAAGAAAAUUGCUACUGGAUUGGUCGACACGGUUUAAUAUAAUCAAAGGGGUCGCAAGGGGGCUUCUUUAUCUCCACCAAGAUUCAAGACUCACAAUAAUUCACAGAGACCUGAAAGCUGGAAAUGUUUUGCUAGAUGCAGAGAUGAAACCCAAGAUAGCAGAUUUUGGUAUGGCGAGGAUAUUUGGCGAUAACCAACAAAAUGCAAAUACUCAACGCAUUGUUGGGACCUAUGGCUACAUGGCUCCUGAGUAUGCAAUGGAAGGCCUCUUCUCUACCAAGUCUGAUGUAUACAGCUUCGGUGUGUUACUAUUAGAGGUUGUAACUGGUAUUAGAAGAAACUCCAAUAGUCAAACCAUGGGUUUCCCUAGCCUCAUAAUCUAUUCAUGGACUAUGUGGAAAGAAGGGCGGGCAGAGGAGUUGCCGGACUCAUCUAUCAUGGAUGCUUGUUCACUAGAUGAAGUUGUGCUUUGCAUCCAUCUAGCACUGUUGUGUGUCGAGGAGAACCCAGAUGACAGGCCACUUAUGUCAUAUGUUGUGUUCGUCCUGGAGAAUGGAAGCACCACACUUCUGGACCCCAAUCGUCCGGCCUACUUCGCGCGACGAAGAAUUGAAAUGGAGCAAAUCAAGGAAGAUAUCCAGACUUCCGCAAAUAGUUUUACUCUUACUGAAAUAGAGGGGCGUUGA